GUACCGUACAAGAGACGAAUAAGUUUACCUUGUGAAAGCAAGGAAUCAAAUCAAGUGAGAAAACGUCAUAUUAAGUAUUGAGUGGACAGAGGAGCUGAAAAUGAAUGUGGUCGCCAAGGAACAAUGGCUGUACUGGUUGAGGUCCCAUGGAGGAUAGAAAGUGUCCCACAAUCGACUUUAUAAUAUCAUUAUCCUGCUCUCCACAGUGUGAAAGGGUAGACUUUGGAGGAGGCUUGUACAGGGCAAGUAGCCUGUGAGGACGAUGGUGACAUCAAACGGUCAAGGCCAAUUUGAGAAGCUAGUCCACAUGAGUUGCCAUGUGGUGUCUGUAAAGCGACUUAACUCAAGACCCAGAGCACAGGGAUGCAAACAAUGGCAUGGCGCUGUCGAAUGGUCAUCAAGAUAAGGACAUGGCGGACUACGCGGCGGACGAGAGAGAAGAAAACGUGAGUAGUGCAGACAAAUGGCCAGCAGCAGCACUCACUAUUUAUCAGCACGGCGGCUAGGCUUUGCGGCCGCCACGUUACUCAUGAUUGUGAUGGUGAUGUCGAUGUCUUGUUGCGAACUUCAAAGACAAUUUUGUCGUCCUCCACUGUUCAAUUUUUUUCGUCAAAACCCUCGAAAAAACAAAGCAGAGAAGACAUGGACAAAGGAGAAGAGUUUUAGACGAUUGGCAACAUAUUACAGCAUAAAUUCUACAUUUUGUCUUUGGGUUGCAGUUAAUCGUUUAGUUUUUUGCGCCCAAGAUUCGGGUCAGAUUGCAUUGGUAUAAGGUAUCCAUUUUGCUAGAAUUUCAACAGCAUCAAACACUAUCCGUUGCUUCCUUGGACAGACAACUAAAUUUCUACACCCAGCUCCAUUUUUGUCAUAAUAAUUUGCUGAAACAUCCAUGGUUAAUGAGUCUCAGCCUCAGUGAAAUGAUUUCUUUUCAAAUUCAAAUCCCACACAUUUCUUCUCAGCAUUAUCCAAGCAUAUGAAGCUACCCAUUCAAUAUUGUUCAUCUAUAAAUAUGUCAGGCAGUAAGAGUCCCAAAGGUUGUUAUCUUUCGGGAGAGCAUGUGGUGUAUUAUGUUGACGACUGGCUCCCUGUACAAGUCAAUUCAGAACUGGUACUUUUUCCAAGUAAAGUUUUACAGCAUCAAGAUCGAACUUUAAAGAUUGGGAGUCAAAUUUCAGCAAAUAAGCAAUAUAUUGGCUAUUGCAUUCAAUCGGGGACAAUUUGCAUCUAUAACAGGCAAACAGGACAUCAAUGCCUCCUUCAAGGGCAUCAACAGAGAGUUACUGACAUGGCAUUUUGUGGCGAUCAAGUGGGCCUUUUAGCAAGUGCAAGCUCAGAUGGCUAUGUUUUCAUUUGGAGCAUUACAGAAACGUCUGGAAAAGAAGGUGACCAAAUAAUGAGAGGGCAAAUCUUGUUCUCUAUACAAUUCCUAGGCGAGUGGGAAUCAGUUCACCCACUUGUUUGCUGGCGUAACCAGGAUUUGGCAGUUGGCAUCGACAAAUAUGUUCUAGCCUUAACAGCAGAGGAGCUGAAGAAGAAUUUCAUAUCUUGUGGUUUUGCAUUUGACAAUCCCAUGAGAUGUCAUGUGGGAAAUCUUAUGAGAGGCAUUAAAUUUGCUGGUGUGCAUGACCUUGAAGUAACAGCUUUGGCAGUCAUCUCCAGGUGCCCCACUUUGAUUGCCUCUGCAUCCAGAGAUGGCACGGUCAGAAUAUGGAGAGAUCAGGAACCUGUUCCAGUUACCAGAUUUGCACCUUAUGAAGGAUUGCCUGUUGACUCGGUUUCAUGUUUAUCUCCAUUUGAGAAUGAUCUGCAUAUGAUCCUUACAUCUGGGGGUCCAGAAAAUCGAGAACUGAAGCUCUGGGUUCCUUUUGAUUCUUCUUGUUUAGUUCCAGCGGAAGUAAAUGGAAAAUGGAAAUGCAUAGAAACAGUGGAGUUGAAAAAUUCAACAGAUAGAAGGCCAUGCCAGUUGUAUUUUAAUAGGACAUUAAGAGAUUCUGAGGCAAGCUUACUUGUUGUGGGUGGUACACAAGAUAGUUCAAUAUAUGUGGUACAUAUAGAAUUUGAGGCCCACUCUGCUUAUAUGGAUUAUUUAUCCAAGUUCUGUGUGGAAUUACCCAUUUCCAACCUUACUGCAAGAAGUGAUAGUUCAGGUGAUGGGGAAGGGAUUGUGGAGAUAUUUUGUGUGCAUGAGGAAUCUAUACAGCUGUAUACUUUGCACAGGUCUCAAUGUGCUCCCCCAGCACAUAAUGGUGUACCAGACAGUUUAUCACCAUCAGGGUGCUAUGGUCACCAACAGGAGCUAGACUUUUCAGACUCACUUGGUUUCUCGCCUGUAGAAAGUAUUGAUUAUUGCACACUUAAAGUGGAUGAGAAAGCAGAAUCUUUAUCACCAGUUUCAAGAGAUAUUAAUUCUUUCUCAAGUCAAUCCACAAGCUCAGGUUUUGGGAGUUGGAUUGAAGUCCCUGGUUUAUUUGAUCACCUAAAGGAUGUUGGAAGUGCUCAGACUACAGAAUUUGUUUUGCAAGAUCAAAAUUCUGCAUGCUUAAGCCAAAUGAAUACUAUUGCAAUGGCUUCACUUUCUCAGCAAAAGCCUGUUUUAGAUCUGACGAGAAACACUUCUUUGAAGGGCAUCAAAUAUUCUCCUGUUGAUUCUCUUGGAAAGCUUCCUGAGACAGAGGCCGUGACCAACUUCGUAACAUGCACUGUUCCAAGUGUACCUCUAGGCCAUACAACUCAUGAAAUCCUGACUCCCAAUGACAAACAGAAUGCUAAAAUACCUACAUUUACAGAUUUGAAAGGCUACAAUCAUGGAUAUCCAUAUGCUAUUGAUGCAGCAUCAUCGACAGUAGAUAAUACAAAUCUUUUUAUAAGGAAUUCAGUUCAUUCAUCAGUUACAGACCAAACUAUAACAGGCAAUACGCAUACAGUGUUAUCAUCUGACUUUAGUGAUAAGAAGACUGUGGCUAUGGAAACCCAGGAACUCCAGGAAAUGGGACAAACGUCAGAGUUUAGCAACUGGAGGAUGUCAUCAGAUAUGUUAUCUUUAGGGAAUAUUGAGCAAGUUGGAGAAGACAUAGUGUGUUUGAAGCGUAUUAUGAACACAAGGGUAAUUGAACUUCCAGAAUGCUCUGACUGGAAUUACAUUCAUGCCAGGUCCACUUCUACAAAUAUCUCUUUGCCUUGUGUUCUAGGAAAAUAUCCAUAUGAUGGAAAUACAGAUCCAAUUCACAUACAUGGGGGGAAAGCUGUAACUAGUGCUGCAGCAGGGGGAGGAAGUUCCUAUUUUGGAGGACAGAGCAGAAGGCCAGUUAAUUUCAAUCAUUUUAAAGAACUGGGUCUGAGAACAGCAUUGGUGCAGGAUUCGCUACACAAUCUGGCCAACAUGCAUGCAGAAUUUCAGAAGCAUAUUUCUGUUGCUGUGGAAGGUUCAAUGAGUGAAGAGAGCAAUCGACUUGAAUCAUGCAUUACAAACCAUCUUGAAAGAUGUAUUGAAGGAUAUGCUGAUGAAAAUUAUUCGGAGUUUGAGGACACUAGCACAAGAGAUUAUGAGCACAAUGUUAUUGAGCAUAUGGCAUCAACAAUUUCCAAAUAUGACUUUUCUUCAGCAGUCUCUGAAAAUAUUAACACAGUUCUGGGGCCUGCAAUUGCCAGAUCAAUUUUAUCACAUGCUAAUAUGAUGGAAACAAAUGUUCUGAGAAACUUGUCAAAGAGGCAAGAAAUUAUUGCUGAAAAACUAGAGAAGUCCUUUGUAACUGCUGCAGGCAAGCACAUCAUGGAGCAUCUGCAGGAUAAUUUAUGGUCUAAAACAUUGCAGGAAAAUAUUGGGUCUUAUUUUCAAGAGAAAACAUUAACUUUAUUUGAGCACUUAUUAAGUAAAGUGAUAGAGAGAGUAAAUACAAUAAUCCAAGAGGAGCAUGACUAUUCUUUUGAAAUACCAGGAGAUCUUGCAAAUAAUUUGAUUUUAGUGGCAUCCACUCUUAAGGAAAUAAUCUUGUUUGCAACAAUGGAUUUAAGAUCCAUGGAAGAAGAACUUAGAGAGGGGCUAAAUAGAGUAUUGGAUCUCAUGCAUUGUAAUGCAGACUACGUUUUCAAAGGAUGCAAUGAUAGCAAUAAUACAGAGGUAAAUGAUUAUAAUGAUAGAACAUUUCAAUCGGCUUAUUUCUCUAGAUUGGUUGUAGAAGGAAAGUUUGAAGAGGCAUUUAUGAGAAUACUCUCCCUAGGAGAUGUCAAUGCUGUUUUUUGGUUAUGCAAUCAGGUGGAUCCAUCAAAUAUUUUUACAAGCAACCCUCUUCCUGUAAGUCAAAUUGUGUUGCUUUUUCUUAUCCAACAAUUAGCUUGUGAUCUGGAAAGCAACAUGGCAAAGAAAUUGUUAUGGAUCCAGGAGGCUGCCACUGCCAUCAACCCAAAUGAUCCCAUACUAUCUGAUUACAUUAGACCAGUACUGAAGCAAGUUUAUCAGAACUUACAGAGGCAGCUCAUAAAAAUAAAUCCAGGCAGUACAUUAUUAAAACAGGUUAAGGUUAUAAUGCAUGUCAUCAAUUCUCUACUAAUGUCUUGCGCAUAACAGCUUGUUUAGAAACAUGGUUUACUGGAACCUGAAUUUUGAUACCAGUCAAGGUCCACUCAUGUUUCCUCUAGAUCCCAAUACAUUUUCUUGAGGACAUUAGUGUCCCAAUGUUUUUGGAUAUUGGCAGUUGAACUACAGUACUUCUCAUUUGUUAAGGCACCACUACCUUACAUUUGUGUACAUAGUAUGGGGGAAUUCAUACAAUCAAUGUUUGGGUUAUGCAAAAUAUGGACAGAAUAAACACAAUUGUAAAGUUGUGAUUUGGGAAGGGGACACAGAUACCAGUACAGUUUCACAAAGCUAACGAGGCGGGGAAAUCAGAGUAUGCUGAACUUUUUAUACUGACACCAUUCAAGUCCUAGAGCUGGUCGAUUGGUUGAUUUAUAAAGGCAGUUGUAAAGACUGAGCAUAAGAAGCACAUUGGUGAAUGGUAUGCUUUAUGCUUAUUUUGCAAAUGUAACUUGCCAAUUUGUCAAUACUGAUAAAUUGAGUUAUUCAGUGCUUAUUGUUAUAAUGCUUUCACAAGGAUUCUGCUCAAGUGACCUAGCACAGUGACGUUGCUGUAUAAACAUUUUCAAGUUUCUGUUUUUGAUGAUUGUUUCUUGAUACAUCAUCUUGAACAAUUGUACAGUAUGGUCUGAUUACUAAAAAAUAUGGUGUAUAUUGAUGUUUAUAAAUUAUUAUCAAUUGGGGCAUUGGUGUAUACUGCCAUUUGAA